ACUCCUCCAGGGCCCCACCCGCCCCUGAGCUGGCCCCUUUUCUUCCUGGACAGCCGCCUUGACACCAGGAAAGUCCCCUGAAGGUGGAGAGUGCCCUCCCGUCGCACCCUCCUGCAGGCCGCCUCCUGGGCUCCUACCUGGGUGCUAUCGGGUUCAAUGGCUGAUAGGCAGAUCAGCCUGCCAGCCAAGCUCAUCAAUGGCGGCAUCGCCGGGCUGAUCGGCGUCACCUGCGUGUUCCCCAUCGACCUGGCGAAGACGCGGCUGCAGAACCAGCAGAAUGGCCAGCGCAUCUACACCAGCAUGUCCGACUGCCUCAUCAAGACCAUCCGCGCCGAGGGCUACUUCGGCAUGUACCGGGGAGCCGCGGUGAACCUGACCCUCGUCACCCCUGAGAAGGCCAUCAAGCUGGCAGCCAACGACUUCUUCCGACACCAUCUCUCCAAGGAUGGGCAGAAGCUGACCCUGCUGAAGGAGAUGCUGGCCGGCUGCGGGGCGGGCACCUGCCAGGUGAUCGUGACCACCCCCAUGGAGAUGCUAAAGAUUCAGCUGCAGGAUGCUGGCCGCAUCGCUGCUCAGAAGAAGAUCCUGGCAGCCCAGGGCCAGCUGUCCACUCAGGGGGGUGUCCAGCCCUCGGCAGAGGCCCCAGCGGCCCCUCGGCCCACGGCCACCCAGCUGACCCGGGACCUCCUACACAGCCGUGGCAUUGCCGGCCUCUACAAGGGACUUGGGGCCACGCUGCUCAGGGACGUGCCCUUCUCCGUGGUCUACUUCCCGCUCUUUGCCAACCUCAACCAGCUGGGCCGCCCGGCGUCCGAGGAGAAGUCGCCGUUCUACGUGUCCUUCCUGGCUGGCUGCGUGGCCGGGAGUGCAGCUGCCGUGGCCGUCAACCCCUGUGACGUGGUGAAGACGCGACUCCAGUCGCUCCAGCGUGGCGUCAACGAGGACACCUACACCGGGUUCCUAGACUGUGCCAGGAAGAUCCUGCGGCACGAGGGCCCCUCGGCCUUCCUGAAGGGCGCCUACUGCCGCGCCCUGGUCAUCGCACCCCUCUUUGGCAUUGCACAAGUGGUCUACUUCCUGGGCAUCGCCGAGUCCCUGCUGGGGCUGCUGCAGGACCCCCAGGCCUGAGCCAGUGCCUGCUCCUCCCCGGCCAGCUGGGCGGAGCCAGGACGCAGUGAGGGAAGCCGUCCCCCGGCCCCUCCCCAGCCUGGGGGGAGGGCACGGGAAGGGUGGGCAGGGGAAGGGUGCCGGGUCCACGCGGGUGGUGCGCACACAGGCCCUCGGGGCCGUGCCUGCACUCUUGGGAUCAAUGUCUUAUUUAUGUAGAAAACGCAGAAACCUUGACAUUCCUCAAGCUAGCCCCUGCCCUGGCCUGAACUCCCCCAGGGCCAGAGCUGGUCUCUGGGCCAGGGGCCCAGGGUCUGGGCCGGGCAGGCUGGACCCCACCCCCUUGGUCCACGGCUUCAGUCUCCGAGGCCGUCCUGGUCCACACAGGGGAGCCCACACAAACCUGUUUAUUGAACCUGCUGGGCCCGCAGCUCCCCGGCCCUUCCGUCCAUCCCCCCGCCACUUUCUGGCCUGGGCAGGGCGCCUCUGCCUCCCAGACCCGCCUGGCGGGAGGACAGAGGUCUCUCACUCCCUCUUCAAGCUAGCAAUCCCAAGCAGGAGGCCUAACUCCCAGGGCAAGCCCUAACCCGCUGGAACUUUCUGGCGGGCCCGGACAGUGUGAGGUCUGCAGGGGGGUGUGUGUGCGCCUGUGCGUGCGCCAUGGGGACCAGGCCGUGUCCACCGGCCCCCAGCUGGCCCCCGUGCUGAGUGUCCCAGGCUCUCUCCUGCCCCCCAUCCAGGAAGUGCUUGCUCUCGUCUGGCCCCUCCUUGCCGGCCCCCUCCCCAGCGGGCAGGAGGCCCAGGAUAGAGCCCAGGGGCACCUGCUCUGCUGGGGGAGGGGCCGGGAGCUGCCCCUCCGGUCCUUCAGGGUUCGCCCACUCUCCAGGCCUGUGCAGGGGUCUGACCACACUCCAGAAGCCUGUCCUCUGCAUCAGUGUUGAAUCAGCGCCCCUACCCCGCCCCCGGCCAUGUGAUCGUGUUGGUGAUUGGUCCUGCUGUGCUGGUGCUGUGUCCCCAAAACCGGGCCCCUCCAGGAGGCCCCUUCCCAGUGACACUACCCGGGGCUCGGGCCGGGCCCCCUCCCACGUCUGUACUUUGGAGCUGCUGCUGCUGACAGAUUAUAUUUUUUUCUUUUGGAGAGUUUUAACGUUGUAACUUUUUGUGUCUUGUCAUGUAAGAGGAUGAAUAAAUAUUCUAAGUAGA